CGGCGAUCUCCCGCUCAUCCCGACUCGCCUUCAACGUCACAGCCGAUUGCGUGCUGUCGCCGUGGCAGAGAUAUCUAUCAUCUGCAGCUCCACUCGCCCCUUUUCACGGUGCUUUGGGGCUCUUUGGUGAUUCUCGCCGGCCAUGGCGCAAUUGCUCGGGGGCAACGGUUAAUCAUCUCUGUGCUUCUGCGGGUUCUAUAUCUAUGUCGGCUCCGUCGAGCCUCGAUGCUGUACAUAGCAAUCUUUGCGCAAAAUGGCCCCCUCCUUGGUGGACCCAAUUGCUCCUCCAUCUGUGGAAGACAUACCCGUUUCCAAGGCGAAUCCCAUUGCAGGAAAGCAGCCUGUUGAGGACAAUAAGUUCGGAUAUGAGCCAGGCCGCACCCUCGUCGAACGCCAUGAGAACUAUGCGUAUGAAGAUAUGCUGCCGUCCUUCCCAGACUUGCACUGGGAACCCCUAGGGCACAUCCCAUACAAGGACAAGGGGCUUCGUGGAGACCCCAAAUUCCGCAACUUGCUUCGUGAUGCAACUGCCGUUUUCGAUUACACUCCCAAAAUUGGGACAGAGGUUCAUGGCGUUAAUCUGGCCAAGCUCACGGAUGCCCAGAAGGAUGAUCUGGCGCUCUUGAUUGCCAUCCGUGGUGUUGUCUUCUUCCGUCAGCAGGAUGAUUUUGAUAUCGAUGCGCAACGAGAGUUGGGGGGGUACUAUGGGCAGCUACACAAGCAUGCCACAACUGCUGUUCCACGAAGGAAAGAUCUGACUGACGUGCACGUCGUGUAUACGGCGGACAAUUCGCAAGAUCAGAGAGCACUGUUCACGCCCAGCUUUCUAUGGCACUCUGAUGUGACGUAUGAAGUCCAGCCGCCAUCGUACACCUCUUUGAAAGUUCUCACCGGACCUGGCCGUGGCGGCGGCGGCGAUACACUCUGGUCGUCCCAGUAUGCUGCUUACGACGCUCUCUCUUCUCACAUGCAGACAUACCUCAAAGGCCUAACCGCCCUGCACUCAGCUGAAAUGCAGGCGGCCGACUCCCGGGCCAUAGGUCGACCAGUCCGUCGUGAGCCGGUUACAACAGAACAUCCUCUGAUCCGAACAAAUCCAGUGACUGGCUGGAACAGUCUCUUCUUCAACCCGGGUUUCGUGACCAAGAUCGUCGGGGUCCCAAAGAUAGAAAGCGAUGCCAUCAUCAAAUACCUCACUGAGGUCGUCACCACGACACCUGAGAUGCACGCACGAUUCCAAUGGGGCAAGAACGAUGUGGCUUUCUGGGACAACCGUUCGACUAAUCACUCGGCUUCGUACGGUUUUGCUCCCCACCGCCGCCAUGCGGUUCGCGUUGCAAGCCAAGCGGAACGUCCUUAUUUGGAUCCUGCAGGCAAAUCCCAGGAGGAGGAGCUUGCCGUCCGUUACAAUCUUCCGCUCGUCGACAAGAACGGGGCCCGUCAGUCGAACUAUAACGAUUAAUGUCGUGCUGGGAACGACCCUGUUUUACUGAAAAGAAGCGUACAUUUUUAGUUUAAUGAAUGGAACGAAUUAAUACAGAA